CACAUUUCCCGUGAUGCCUUGCGGUGGAAAGACAAACAGUCGCGCAGAACCGGCUCGUUUGACAGAAUUAAAGCCAUAAAUCCGGUAUAAACUCACACAUUUCAUUCGUUGAUCAUCUGACAUGAGUCUUAUAUCGUGACGAGACAAACACACAACUAACAGCAGGCGAGCAGAAAUGAGCGUAAUAAUACCGUUUCUGGACAUGAACACACUCUGAUCUCAUUCAGUCAUGGACCAGGACUACGAGAGCCGGCUUUUACGACAGAUCAACAUACAGAACCACAACUCAGGCGGUCCCAUCAUAGUCACGGAGGUCACAAACUCGCCGCUGUCGUCGCCCAGCAAACACGGAGACAGAUUCAUCCCGUCCCGCGCCGGGGCCAGCUGGAGCGUCAGCUUCCACCGCAUCAACGAGAAUGAAAAAUCACAGAAUCAGAACAGAAAGACCAAAGACGGCACGUCAGACAGCAGCAAAGCUGAUGGUCUGGCGUACUCGGCGCUGCUGAAGAACGAGCUGCUGGGUGCAGGAAUAGAGAAGGUGCAGGACCCGCAGACCGAAGACCGCCGACUGCAGCCGUCCACACCUGAGAAGAGAAGACUGUUCAGCUAUUGUCUGAGUGCCAAACGUUCACUCCCUGAUAACAGCGUGUCGCCGUACUCCCUGUCGCCCGUCAGCAGUAACAGUCAGAAGUUGUUGUGUUCUCCACGCAAACCGAUGCGCAAGAUCUCCAAGAUCCCGUUUAAAGUGCUGGACGCUCCGGAGCUGCAGGACGACUUCUAUCUGAACCUGGUGGACUGGUCCUCAUUAAACGUGCUGAGCGUCGGCCUCGGCACCUGCGUCUACCUGUGGAGCGCCUGCACCAGCCAGGUGACGCGGCUGUGUGAUCUGUCAGUGGAAGGAGACUCGGUCACGUCUGUGGGCUGGUCAGAGCGAGGGAGUCUGGUGGCGGUGGGCACUCAUAAAGGCCUGGUGCAGAUCUGGGACGCGGCGGCGGGGAAGAAGCUGUCUGUGUUGGAGGGUCACACGGCUCGCGUGGGCGCGCUGGCCUGGAAUGUGGACCAGCUGUCGUCGGGCAGCAGGGACCGUCUGAUCCUGCAGAGGGACGUCCGAGCGCUGCCGCUGCAGUCCGAGCGUCGUCUGCAGGGACACAAACAGGAGGUGUGCGGCCUGAAGUGGAGCACCGACCACCAACUGCUGGCCUCCGGAGGAAACGACAACAAGCUGUUGGUGUGGAAUCACUCCAGCGCUCUCCCCAUGCAGCAGUACACCGAGCAUCUGGCCGCGGUCAAAGCCAUCGCCUGGUCUCCUCAUCAACACGGGCUGCUGGCGUCCGGCGGAGGGACGGCUGACCGCUGCAUCCGCUUCUGGAACACACUGACUGGUCAGACGCUGCAGUGCACCGACACCGGCUCGCAGGUCUGCAACCUGGCCUGGUCCAGACACACCAACGAGCUGGUCAGCACUCACGGAUACUCUCAGAAUCAGAUCCUGGUGUGGAAAUAUCCGUCUCUUACUCAGGUUGCUAAACUAACGGGUCAUUCCUACAGAGUCCUUUACCUGGCCACGUCUCCAGAUGGAGAAGCCAUCGUCACUGGAGCCGGAGAUGAGACGCUGCGAUUCUGGAAUGUUUUCAGCAAAAUGAGAUCAGCGAAGGAGUCCGUAUCAGUUCUGAACCUCUUCACACGGAUCCGAUGAUGACCGUGGCGUUACAGGAACAGCCUAGAGAUCAAUAAACCGAUCUUCAGUCACAUGACCAUUUCCCCUGGUGCUGUUUGACAACAGGAAGUGAUGGAGGGCAGAACAGGAAGUAUGAUGUUAGGAGACUCUCAUUACUGCCAAAUAACUGUGUCAUUCGGGAUUAUUUUAUGUCACGCUGUGCUUUCUCAUUUUACAGAUUAUUAUUAUUAUUAUUGUUCAACAUGAUUAUGAUUUGUUUUAUGACGAUGUCUCCGUUCUGCCUCACGUGGAACAUGACUGAAGCCUUAUGUUGUUAUUAUGGAGAGACGCGUUUGUUUCUUUUAAGGGAAAAACAACCUUUUAGAGCCUUUUUAUAUUUUCGAGCAUGUCUUCGUUCCGCUGAUCAGGUGUUGUGCUCGAUUCCUUCGACUCCAGGUGCUGCGGCGUGAGUGACGGAUGCUUGCUGUCCGUGGAGUGUUUAUUUAUUGGUUUGGAGUCGAUGUGUGUUGAUUGAAUGACGAGUGUUUGGUGCCAUGAACGGAUGAAUCAAGCCUUAAAGAACAAAACUACUAAACAAAAGAACAUAACGGCUAAAAUAUAUUGAUUUCAUACAGUGAAAAUGAAUAAUAAAAAAAACGUUCCUAGUAUUGUGUGUGUGUGUGUGUGUGUGUGUGUGUGUGUGUGUGUGAGAGUGUGAGUGUGUGUGUGUGUGUGUGUGUGUGUGAGUGUGAGAGUGUGUGUGUGUGUGUGUGUGUGUGUGUGUGAGUGAGUGAGUGUGUGCGAGCGAGGAGUGUGUGUGUGUGUGUGUGUGUGUGUGUG